CUGAGGAGCAGGAGGAGGGGCAGGCAGGCUGGCCGAGGUCCUGCUGCACGCCGACACUGAGCACACUUGAACGGAGGGAAGCUGCGACGUGCGCCGCUGCUGCUGGUUCUGAGCCCCCGGCAGCCAUCAGACAUUCACCUGUCUAGGAGUUUAGCUAGCAAGCUAAAUAGUUGAAAGUCUGAAAAAACAAAGUGUCUACAGUAAUAAGUUAAAGAUAGGAGCUGUAACUAGUUGUUGCAGUUGCAGGUUAAAAAUGUCUAUCUUACCGUUCACCCCUCCAGUUGUGAAGAGGCUUCUUGGCUGGAAGAAAGGAGAGCAGAACGGACAGGAGGAAAAAUGGUGUGAAAAGGCUGUCAAAAGUCUGGUGAAGAAGUUAAAACGGACGGGACAGCUGGACGAGCUGGAGAAGGCCAUCACAACACAGAAUGCCAAUACGAAAUGCCUAACUAUACCCAGGUCUUUGGAUGGACGUCUGCAGGUUUCCCACAGAAAAGGUCUUCCUCAUGUGAUCUACUGCCGCUUGUGGCGCUGGCCAGAUCUGCAGUCCCACCAUGAACUCAGAGCUGCCGACCACUGUGAAUUUGCCUUUCACACCAAGAAGGAUGAAGUAUGUGUCAACCCCUAUCACUACCAGAGGGUGGAGACACCAAUUUUGCCUCCCGUUCUAGUGCCACGACAUACAGACAUCCCUGCCGAGUUCCCACCACUGGAUGACUACAGCCCAUCCAUCCCUGAAAACACCAAUUUUCCCGCUGGCAUUGAGCCCCAGAACAACUAUAUUCCUGAAACUCCCCCACCAGGGUACCUGAGUGAGGAUGGUGAGACAAAUGAUCACCAGCUUAACCACAGCAUGGACACAAGUUCACCCAGCCUGUCACCCAAUCCUGUAUCCCCUGCAAACAAUAAUCCUGACUUUCAACCUGUGACAUAUUGUGAAUCUGCCUUCUGGUGCUCCAUCUCCUAUUAUGAGUUGAACCAGCGUGUUGGAGAGACCUUCCACGCUUCCCAGCCCUCCCUUACAGUAGAUGGAUUCACAGACCCCUCCAACUCCGAACGCUUCUGUCUGGGCUUGCUGUCAAACGUCAACCGCAACUCAGGAGUAGAGCUCACACGCAGACACAUAGGUCGGGGUGUGAGGUUAUACUACAUUGGGGGUGAGGUGUUUGCAGAAUGUCUCAGUGAUAGCGCCAUCUUUGUCCAAAGUCCUAACUGCAACCAGCGCUAUGGGUGGCAUCCUGCCACUGUGUGCAAAAUACCUCCAGGCUGCAACCUGAAGAUCUUUAACAACCAGGAGUUUGCUGCACUGCUCUCUCAGUCAGUCAACCAGGGAUUUGAGGCAGUCUACCAACUCACCAGGAUGUGUACUAUUCGGAUGAGUUUUGUUAAGGGUUGGGGAGCUGAGUACAGACGUCAGACAGUGACCAGCACCCCCUGCUGGAUAGAGCUACAUCUUAACGGUCCCCUUCAGUGGUUGGACAAGGUCCUCACACAGAUGGGCUCCCCCAGCAUCCACUGCUCUAGUGUGUCCUAGGAGCAGCCCUCCUUCCCAUCCACACCCAAAACCCCCAUAGGAAUCAAUCCACAGAAACAGCCUUUCCCCUGCUGUAUUUGACAUUUCUCAUCACAUGUACAGCACUGUCUUUAGUGUCUCAAUUUCAUGAUCAUUGUAGGACAUUUUUAUGGUUUUUAUUAUUUUCAGAAGACAGAAAUGCAUCUUCAUGAUUAUUCUUUUACAUAUUAUGUCCGUCCUUCCAGUUAAUUAACUCUACAUUUCACAAAGGAGACUGAAAUGUUUGUUUUCCAAGUUGGAAGAUAUGCAGUUUCAACUUGGCCAUCGACAUGUUUUAAAACAUUUUUGAUUCUAUGAAUUAAUCAAUAUUAUGAAUAAGCCUUUAGUGUCCCAGCAAUCACUGAAUUGGGAAGCUUAUUUAUUAAACAAACCAUAAAUUAACAUGAGAAAUGUUAUUUAUAGUGACAGAAUAUAUUUCAUUAAUAUUUUAAGUAGAAGGUACUAUCCUUUAUUGAUUUAUGAUCAAUAAAGAAACCAAUUAUCUGAUCAGUGAAUUGGUAUUUUGUCUAGUUAAAAAAACAGCAUCAGUGUUUCUGAUAUAGAGCCCUUGUAUUAAAAGUAUUUUGCUCAAUGAAA